UUAAUUGUUCAAUUUUGCAGUCGAGCAUUAGCACAACAUGCAUAUUGCACGCUUGUUGCAUAUAGUUUUGCAAGUUAUGAAAUCCGCCGCGUAGCUAUAAGUUUGUGCAAGAAUAAACGGAACAUAUGUUAUAGGUAGUUAGAGCAAUUUUGUUAUAAAUGACAAUUCUCUCUCUCUUCUUGUUCCCGAUCUACGCUUUCAGUAGAGGCAUCACGUUGAAUGAACUUGAAUGAAAUAUGCAUACGCGCGCACAUGUCUGUACCGCGGGCUUUCAUUGAUUGGCGCGACGGUCAUUUCUGUCAGCUUGACCAGAGAGGCUUAAUCAGAGAACUCUUGCGUUUGCAGCCAUCUGACCGCUAACCGAAAACUUCAGUGAAGUUUACGCGUUCAGCAUUAUCUAGAAAAGCAGAGGACCGUUGCGGAGCUCGCGUUUACCAGCUGCCAGUCGUCGUCGUCGACUGUGUUCCAAUAUACGCUGCCAGUACUGGAAAUCUAUAGUUUACGUUACAUAUACUAUAGAUUUUCAGUGCUAGCAGGUGUACGUAUAUCGGAACAUUCGGAACACAGCCGUCGCCGUCGCCGGUUGCCAUGGCGGUCGAAGACAUGGCUGUGAUCAAAACACAAUCAAACCGUGAGCUUCUCAAAGCUCACUUCGAGUCAAUGCGAAUCGAAACGUCACGUGUUUAUGCCGGUAACGUCAGAUUCGCAUAUGCAGAUGGCUAUUUAAAAUUUUACUCAGCUGUCUGCCACGUGUUUAUUUCCGGAGCAGCUGCGGGCGAUGCCGAAUCGCGACCACAGUGCCGAUAAACAUAUCAAAGAAAAGCGCAGCAGUCGUAAGAUUUCAUUCGUGGACAAUGAAUUGGAGCCUGUACAUAAGCCGCUACGAUGUAGACGUUUCCAUCGAGCUAGACGUCACUCGAGAGUCAACGGUGAGCUCGAGGAAUCGGCGGAUAAAAAUGGAAAUGGCAACGGCAUCGCGUUGCCUAAAAGAAGUAGCAAGCAUAGCGUUCAAAAGAAGAUUGAUAGAUUAGUUGAAGAGAACCGAAUGUUAACAAUGAGGUUGGAAAGUUCUAACGUAAGUCCUGAGAUUAUUGCUGAAUUACAAGAAAAGGAUUCUUUAAUGUCGAGAAUUUGCAACAAGUACCACAGGUUGUUGAAAAAUCACGACAGCCUGCAACAGGAAUACGAGAGAGUAAAUGCUCUUUUAGCAGAACGUGAAACGGAAUACCAUCAGCUGCAUACGCAUCACAAGAAAUUUGCAGAUGCUUUGCAAAAAAUAGAGAAAACUAAUUCCAGUCUUCUAACAUUUAACCAGAAAUGCAAAGCUGAAAAUGUUCAGCUGAACGAAGAUGUGCUGCUUCUUAAGAACGUGAUAUAUCGAUUGAACGCGGAGCUCGAAAGGUAUCAGGAUAAGUUGAAGGAGUCCGGAUUAAGUGUUCUAUCAAAAAAUGUUAAUGACAUAUUAGACUCUAAAAGACCGACGGACAUCAAAACGUUAUCGGACUCAUGGGGUUCGGUCAAUACACACGCGCUAGGUCCACUUUUAGACGCCUACCAGGAGAGUCUAUCGGAGAAACAGGAGCUUGUAAAUAAGUACGAGGAGGACAUCGCGAAUUUUAGCACCAGGUGCAAAGAGGUCAUCAUGGAGAAUGAAUAUAUGCAGAACGAAAUAGAGAAAUGGAAAUCACAGUGUAACAGGUACGCGGAAGAGAUCAAGAUGAUGUCCGAGGACGCUGACUUGCUCAAGGAAUUGAACGAGUGUUACACGAGACAGACUGCUCAUCAGAAGCAAAAGAUACACGAGAUCCACUCGUUAUACGAGCAGAAAGUGGAAGCAAUGUCGUUUGACAAUAACAGACUUCACGAAGAGUGUCUCGCUUCCAAGACUGAAUUGAGUAAUGUUCAAGGGAAAUACGAUAUUCUUCACAAAGAAUAUGAAAAGUUGCAAAACGAUAACACCAAAACAAUGCCUAUUAUGUUCAUAACUCAUGUUCAUAACGCUGCCGUCGAAGAAUGUCGAGAACUGUUUGAGAAAUUGAAGCGUCAGUAUGAAACUGAAAAGGAAAAAUUAUCCGCUCGCAUUAAAGAAUUAGAUGAAUCUUAUGGGCAAAAUAAAACACAACUGGAUGUAGUUACGAUAGAGAGAAAUCAAUUGAAAGGGUUAAAUAAGAGCUUUGAGAAGCGUUUGAAACGUAUGCAGCGAAAACUGGAGCAUUUUCAAAAAAUCACGCAUUCCAUGCAAAUAUCUCGGGACUCCUUUAAGAAGCAAUUAAGGAAAACUACACUAUACUGCGAAGAGUUGUUCAGCGAAUAUGAAAGAAUGGCUGCUGAACGAGAUAAGUUGGUUAAACUUUUACACGAAACGGAAAAUGAGAAUGCCAGCAUUCAUUUGCUUGGCGAUACUAUCACUCAGCGAGUGGGUCACCUGAAGGACCAACUAAAGAUCGUACAUGAAGGUGCUAAGCAGCAAUUAGCGCUGGCGGAGAAAAAUAUGAAGGUGCAGCAACUUGGAGUGCACCGGAUGAAGGACGAGUACCAUCGCGAGUUGCAACGCUUCAAGCACCUGCUGAAGCAGAAGGAGGAGACGAUCGGACGAUUGCAGAAAGAGAUCAACGCGACUCGCGAGAACUUGGAACUCGUUUGGAAAGUUACCGGAAAGUCCAGUACUGACAACAAGAAGGUUAAAGAGGCGCAGAAAAGCGUCAAGAUUCAGCACGUUUAGUUAAAACGCUUGGAAAAAUCGUCUGCUAUUUAGUGGACGAGUAGAAAAAAUGUAUAUAAAUAAAUAUAAAUCCAGUUCCGUCCUUAUUAUAUCGCGACGAGAGGGGCGAUUAAAGAAAGUGACGAUGGCAAAUCAUUGUUACGCUAUGUAACAAUUUACAUGGCGUAACAACAAUUAUCCUUGCCGGCUAUAAAUGGAAACUAGUCAUUGCGCAAUAUAUAUGUAGCAUAAUGUAUUCAGUUCGACCUUUGUAAUUUUAUUACAUAUACAUGAUUAUAUAAUUACA